AUGACUUCAAAUUUAACACAUUUAUAUCAUCAAAUAAAACGAAAACGAGACGAUUUAGCAAUCGGGUACCAUAUAAGAAAUGGGAUUCAUUCAAUAGCAUCUACAGUUUAUCCAUAUGCUAGAAUCUUAUUACCUAAUUUCCGAGCAGUUCAUUAUUUUUAUAUCUUAAUGAUGGUAUUUCUAGGUUCAGCUAUUGUAUAUCCAGUCAAAUCAGUUGCAUAUGUUGAUAUUUUAUUCUUUACUGCUGGUUCAUCUACUCAAGCUGGGUUGAAUACUGUUGAUGUUAUGAAAACUUCCUUAUAUCAACAAAUUAUGUUUUAUUCGAUAACUACUUUAACUACUCCAAUCUUUAUUCAUGGAUCAUUAUUAUUUGUUAGAUUAUAUUAUUUUGAAAGACAUUUUGAUAAUAUUAAAGAAAAAUCAAUGGCUGAUUUUAAAAUGAGACGUUCAGCAACUAUUGCUCAACAAAGAACUAAUUCUACCUAUCAUUCACGAGAAAGAAAUGAUGAAACUUUGGCCAAGAAUACUAAAGAUAAUCAAGGUAUUGGAUUUUUUCAAGAAGAUAAAGAAGCAGAAUUAGAUUCAUCUACCACAUCUCCAGCAUCAUCUUCAUCAAAACAUCAAGAUGAAAAAGAUUUCAAUGAACAAAAACAACAACAACAAGAUCAAGGAAUUAAAUUUGGUAAUUUACCUCAUCCCCCCAAAAGAAGAAAAUCAAUCGAUCCAGAAGAUAUGUAUAGAUCCAUCCGAAUGAUGAAAGAACGUCAAGAACAACAAGAACAGGCCCAACAAUCACAACAACAACCAGUCACAUCCCCAACAUCGAUUCAAUUCGUUAAUUUAAACUCUCCAUCGAAAACCAGACGAUUCUCAACCCAUCUCUUCUCAUCCUCCCAUCCUGCAACUCCAACCACAUCAAACCCACCACAUCAUUCAUCAUCAGCAGGUCCAGCAACCAGUGAUGAUGACGAUGUACUUAUAAUUAAACCACCCAAUGAGAUUGAGAAUUCAGAUAGUAUUUUCGUCACCAGGAAAAAGAGACUUUCAUCGGCAGGAUUACAAAUUAAGGAUAAACUUCUUUCUUCGGGUGGUGGGAAUAAGAAGAGGAAACAUUAUUCGCCAUGGACUACUAAGAUUAGGAGAACUUUUUCCAAUCAGAAGAGAUUGUCGACGAGUGAGAUGGAGGAUGAGGAUGAUGAUGACGUGGAUGAUGAUGUGUCGAUUGAUUCUGAGAGAACAAAGGAGGAACAGGAAGAGGAGGAGGAGGAGGAGGAGGAGGAGGAUGGACAGACUGAUAUUGAUGAGAUAACGGAUGUUGAUGCUGAUGAUGAAGAUGAAGAUGAUGAUGACGAGAAUGAUGAGAAUGCGAUUUUGGAUGAUGAUGAUGAUGAUGAGGAGCAUGAUGAUGCUGGCCGUCCAAGAGUUAAAAGAGCAGUAUCAAAUCUUGAACUUCCAUCUAAAGAUGCAACCAGUGGACAAAAAUAUCAUAAACGAAGCAACACCAUCGAUGUCGAAACAACAAACCCACCCCACAAAAAACCUCAUAAAUCAACAAAACAACCAACCCCAUCAUCCAAGAAACAGAAAAAGAAGAAAAGAAUCGAUAUACGAAAAAUCAAAACCCCAGGACUUUCAACCACCUCCAACUCCACCACCGCCCGUUCCCACCACCAUUAUGACACCGAAGACGAAGAAACCGACGGCAUCUCCAACCUCAGCCACCUCAGUCGAUCAAUGAGUGCCAAUUACUUAUCAUGGACCCCCACCGUAGGCAGAAAUUCCACAUUUGUCCACCUAACCGACGAACAAAAAGAAGAACUUGGUGGUGUUGAAUAUCGAGCCGUAAAACUCUUGAUCAAGAUCGUGGUGGGGUAUUAUAUCGGUUUCCAUCUCUUGGGUGCGGUAAUGUUGACGAUUUGGAUCUAUUGUAUGCCGGAAUAUAAAUUAAUGUUAACUUCCCAGAGUAUAAAUCCGGCCUGGUGGGCUUGGUUUACUGCUCAGAGUAGUUUUAAUGAUUUGGGAUUAACAUUGACUCCGGAUUCCAUGAGUUCAUUUAAUGAAUCGAGUUUUGUAUUGGUGCUUUGUGCUUUUUUGAUUGUGAUUGGAAAUACCGGUUUCCCGGUUUUCUUGAGGUUUAUAAUUUGGAUAUUGUUCAAAACGGCGCGUCCGUUGAGUUUGUAUAAGGAAUCACUUGGGUUUUUGUUAGAUCACCCAAGAAGAUGUUUUACGUUGUUGUUUCCUAGUGUGCCGACAUGGUGGUUGUUUUUUAUACUUGUGGCUUUGAAUGGGUUUGAUUUGGUGUUGUUUUGUAUUGUGGAUAUACAUAAUCUGAUAUUUGAUGGGAUUGAUACGGGAUAUCGUGUGCUUGAUGGAUUAUUUCAGGCGUUUUGUACAAGAACGGUAGGGUUUUCCGUAUUUGAUUUAUCGGCAUUACAUGCGGGUGCUCAGGUGGGAUAUAUGUUGAUGAUGUAUAUUUCCGUGUUACCUUUGGCGAUUUCGAUCAGAAGGACAAAUGUUUAUGAAGAACAAUCAUUGGGAGUAUAUGCCAAACAUGAAGAUAAUAAUGAGAAUAAUAUUGAGAGUACCACGACUAAUUAUGUCGGAACCCAUUUGAGAAAUCAAUUGAGUUAUGAUUUAUGGUAUGUGUUCCUCGGGUUAUUUGUUAUAUGUUUAGCAGAAGGGGACAGACUUCGAUUACAAGAUUAUAGGUUUUCGGUCUUUGCAGUAUUGUUUGAAAUCAUAAGUGCCUAUGGUACCGUUGGUAUGUCCUUAGGAUACCCUACCAUAAACGCUUCUUUAUCUGGUGAGUUUAAUGUCUUGUCGAAAUUGGUGAUUAUUGCCAUGAUGAUAAGAGGAAGACAUAGAGGGUUGCCAUAUACUAUUGAUCGUGCGGUUAUGUUACCCGAUGCGACUAUGAAAUUACAUGAUAAGAUGCAAGAAACUCAUGCUAUUAAACGAAGUAAUACAUUGGAGAGAACUUCUACAUUGGGGAGGAUAUCGACUUUAGGUGGAAGUGGAGGACCUAUUGAUUCAGGGGAGAAUAUUUUAGGUAGGGUAAUUACGAAUGUUGAUCAAUUUAGAAAGAGAAAGAUGAGACAGAUUCGAGAUGCCAAUAAUAAUAAUAAUAAUAGAGAUAUUGAGGUAGGACUGGAUGAUAGUGACGUUCAUAGUCAAGAUCCUCAUUAUAUUGUCACUGGAGCUAGUAUGUAA